AUGGAAGCUGCAAAGAAGAAACGCACCGUAAUGCGAACGGCUUUCACGCGCGCGUUGAACGACUUAGUUCUGAGAAUAACGGAUGCGAAUACAGGCGCCACGGAUCUGACCGAGCUACAAGUAUUUCUACAAGUUCUCGAAGAAAAGAACAAGGCGUUAGAAGAGGCCAAUUCGGUCUACAUUACGUGCCUGAUAGAGACGGAAAAUGUGAAGACAGAGACAAUCGAUGCGGAGAUGACGAGCAAUGACGAAUACAAGCGCAAAUAUAUACGUGCACGGAUGGCUGCCAUGACACAUUUACCGACCGCGGCGAACAAUGCCGGGAACAAUACUAUGAACUCGGUAGUCGAUAAGACACAUCUCGUCAGCGCCCAACCUAUGAUAAAACUGCCUAAAAUCGAAUUGAAAAAAUUCAGCGGGGACGUGAAGGAAUGGCUGCCCUUCUGGUCGCAAUUCAAAAAGAUACACGAGGAUGCUAACAUCAACAAAGGAGACAAGUUUCAGUAUCUACUACAGGCGAUGACACCAGAGUCGCGUGCAGCUGAACUAGUUGCCAGUUUCCCUCCCAUCGAAGAGAACUAUGACGGUGCAAUCGCAAGUUUAAAGAAUCGUUUCGGCCGGGACGAAGUGCUUGUGGAAGUGUACGUGCGCGAGCUUCUCAAGCUGGUUAUGCAAAAUGUGAUGAAGGGCGGUAUUCAUAGUCGCUUCUUAUAUUUAAGAUCGUCUUAA